CGCCUGCUCGACGAAAUGCCGCGCGUCAACGCCGUCUCCUUCAACCUCCUCAUCGACGCCUACUCCCGCGACGGCCAGCCGGACGCCUCUCUCCAGACCUUCAAGCGCGCCCGCCACGCCGCCGGCGUCAAGGCCGACCGGUUCACGUACACGGCCGCCCUCACCGCAUGCUCGCGCGCGGGGCGCCUGAGGGAGGGCAAGGCGGUGCACGCGCUGGCCGUCCUCGAGGGGCUCGACGGGGGCGUGUUCGUCUCCAACUCGCUCGUCAGCAUGUACGCCAGGUGCGGCGACAUGUGCGGGGCCAGGCGGGCGUUCGACGCCGCCGAGGAGCGGGAUGACGUCUCGUGGAACUCGCUGGUCUCCGGGUACGUGCGCGCCGGCGCGCGCGACGAGAUGCUGGAGGUGUUUGCUCUGAUGCGCCGGCGCGGUAUGGGGCUGAAUUCUUUCGCUCUUGGCAGCGUCAUCAAGUGCUGCUCUGGCAGCGGUGACUCCGUGAGGGAUAUCGCCGCCGCGGUUCACGGAUGCGUGGUGAAGGCUGGGCUGGAUUCCGACAUGUUUCUUCUGAGCGCGAUGGUUGACAUGUAUGCCAAGAGAGGCGCGUUGGCUGAAGCUGUCGCGCUCUUUAAGUCGGUGCCUGACCCCAAUGUGGUUGUGUUCAAUGCCAUGAUCGCGGGGCUGUGUCGUGAUGAGGCUGCAGUUGGUAAGGGAGUCGCGAGAGAGGCCUUAAGUCUGUAUUUGGAGGUGCAGAGUCGAGGAACAGGGCCUACUGAGUUCACAUUCCCCAGCAUCAUUCGAGCAUGUAACCUGGCAGGCGACCUUGAAUUCGGGAAACAGAUACAUGGGCAAGUGCUGAAGCACUGUUUCCAGGGAGAUGACUUCGUUGGGAGCGCACUCAUUGACUUGUACCUCAACUCUGGCUGUGUGGAAGAUGGAUUCAGGUGUUUCAGAUCUGUUCUGAAGCAAGAUGUUGUCACCUGGACGGCGAUGAUUUCAGGGUGUGUCCAAAAUGAGCUUUUCGUGAGGGCGCUGACCUUGUUCCAUGAAUUGUUAGGUGCUGGACUGAAACCUGAUCCUUUCACUAUAUCGAGUGUGAUGAAUGCAUGUGCCAGUUUGGCUGUUGCAAGGACUGGCGAGCAGAUUCAGUGCUUUGCCACGAAAUCUGGUUUUGGACGGUUCACUGCCUUGGGGAACUCUUGCAUACAUAUGUAUGCUAGGUCAGGGGAUGUUGAUGCUGCAAUUCGGAGGUUUCAGGAAAUGGAAUUGCAUGAUGUUGUCUCUUGGUCUGCAAUAAUAUCAAGCCAUGCACAACAUGGCUGUGCAAGGGAGGCUUUACGGUUUUUCAAUGAAAUGGUGGAUGCAAAAGUGGUGCCAAAUGAGAUUACUUUUCUCGCUGUCCUUACUGCAUGUAGUCAUGGAGGAUUGGUUGAUGAGGGACUCAGGUAUUAUGAAAUCAUGAAAAAGGAAUAUGGGUUGAGCCCAACCACAAAGCAUUGCACAUGUGUUGUUGAUCUCCUUGGACGAGCUGGGAGAUUAGCUGAUGCUGAGGCUUUCAUAAGGGAUUCAAUAUUCCAUGACGAACCUAUCAUCUGGCGGUCUUUGCUAGCGUCAUGUCGUAUCCACCGAGACAUGGAGAGAGGUCAACUUGUUGCCGAUAGGAUAAUGGAACUAGAGCCUGCUUCCUCGGCAUCCUAUGUAAAUCUCUACAACAUGUACCUGGAUGCCGGGGAUCUCUCCUUAGCUUCAAAAAUUAGAGAUUUGAUGAAAGAGCGAGGCGUGAAGAAAGAACCUGGUCUUAGUUGGAUCGAACUAAAGUCUGGAGUUCACUCUUUUGUUGCGGGUGACAAGUCCCAUCCAGAGAGCAAUGCAGUAUACACGAAACUUGCAGAGAUGCUUUCCAAGAUUGAUAAAUUGACAACCAAUGAUACUAUCAGCAUUGUGUCAGAUGAAAUCACUGGAAAAGAGCAAAAUUGGAUGAAUUGCCACAGUGAGAAACUAGCUGUGGCAUUGGGAAUGAUUCAUUUACCACAGUCAGCACCUAUACGAGUAAUGAAGAACUUGAGAGUCUGCCGUGACUGCCACCUGACUAUGAAGUUAAUAUCCAAGAGCGAAAGUAGAGAGAUCAUCUUGAGAGACGCGAUUCGCUUCCAUCACUUCAGAGAUGGCUCAUGCUCCUGUGGCGAUUACUGGUAAUGACCAGUGUAAUGAUUCGGAAGGUGAAUUCUUGAAUGGCCACCUCCCCUCCCAAUGAAUAAUCUUACUGUAAUCAUAUAUACUGGAGGAGAAAACCUCAAAAGAUUCAUGUCAGCCAAAGUCAGAACAGAUCCACGAUCCAUCUGCAAGGUUGCACACCUAUUGGCACGGGCAAUCUUCAAAUCUCCAAAAAGAAAUCUGAUCUUGUUUCCAUAAGGUACCUGCUGUUCGCCUUUCCUCAUGUGAGGUUUUAAUGAUUAACUCUGUUUACACUCUAUAACUCUGAAAUGUCGUAAGAUCAAGAAGUAAUCCGAAAUAUGGCCUGUGGUUUGUCCAAUCGCCACGAUCUUCUUACAGAAACAGAUUCCAGCUUACACCCUGGCCUUUUGGAUACUGUUACGAAUUGCACAUAUGCUGGAGUGCUUAUGUACUUUUCGCUUUGAUAAAGCACAAUACCCAAUUGUACCUUGUGAACGUGUAAAUGUUAGGUAAUCGAUACACCCCAGUUCCCUGUACACAUUUGCAAAUGCAUGAGUACACAAACAAUACUGCUGACACACACCAUCAUUAAGUGGCUAUCCAUUCAUAUCAUAUCCAGUUGAAAGAAUGUAACUUCUACCAUGGUCCAACAAGCUUUUCUGCCAUUCUGGAAAUAUCAAUUCUAUACAGCUCAGUGAACCUUCAUGUUGUACUUGAUCAGCACAAUGCCACAACCCUGAUAUGGAUGGCCUUCCAGAGUUCGUAUUGGCUCUAGGUAUUCAUAUAUGGCAGCUAGUUACCUGGAUAUGCUCAUAAGGAAAAGCUGCACUUUCGAAGAAAAUGGUCUCUGUCAAAUUUGUGACAACAGAUUGCUGUAAACCAGGGAUCACCUUUUCUGGAGCUGUACUUUCAGUAGACAGUGCUGGGAAAAAAAAUAACAUCACGAUCAAUGAAAGCCUUGAAUUCCCCCAGAUGAUUACAUCGGCUAGAUGCAACUUUGGAAAACCAUUUUUCUUUGAAGCUUUUGCUACAUCUUGCUGGAAUAUUUGGAAGCAUAGGAAUGGUCUUAUCUUUGAAAAUGAAGCACCUUCUAUUAGAGCUUGGACCUUUUCCUUCUUUCUUACAGAACGAAGGACGACCUCAAAUUCCCCCUUAUAGCCUGGCUAGAUGCUCUUUAGUUCCUUUGGGCUAUGCCCUGGGCACCCUUUUGUACAUUCCCUCCCUCAAUCUUGUACAUAUUGUUCUCUUUU